UAUUUCUUACAAAAUACAUUGUUACUAGGUAUUGGUGUUUUAACUUUUAAUCAAAAUAUGACAUGUAUAAUUAUUUGUAUUAAUUGUACUGGUGGUAACACUGUCCUUCACAACUUAUGGCAAUGCAAUGCUUUCUAUCUAAUGCUUGCUUGACGAACUCUGCGAACGCAAUGAAAUGACGGAAAGAAAAAAAAAUAUGAUAACAAACAUGGCGGACCAUGGAGCGUCACUGGAUUUUGUUUAUUAGGUCGACGUUGUUGUAAUAAAGGAUUUCACGCCUUCGGAUGAUGUGGUCACAUACAAGAGGACGGAGCCUCAAUGUUAACGUGCGGAAAAGUGGUUACAGAAAGUGCCGAGGCGAAGGCGCUCGGCGGUAGGCGACUCGCCGGGUGAUAUGCAAGCGGCGCCGGCGCGCUACGUGUCAGUGAGCGAACUUUACUCGACGGACGAAGUGGAGCUGCUGCUGGACGAGAUACGAGAGCUGGAGCCUACAAGCUGUCGCGGCGAAGACGUGCAGGACUUCGAGAUAGCGGGCAGCGGGUGCGGUGCGGGCGCGGGCGGGCGCUCGCCGGCCGGCACCGAGCUCACCGAGCGCAGCUGGGACUCGCACGCCCAGUACCGCCGCGCGCCGCCGCCGCGCCCGCGCGCGCUCGCGCCGCUCUACUGCCGCCUGCGCCACCUGCUCACGCCGCGCGGCGCCGCGUCGCUGCUGCUGCUGGUCUGCUGCGGCGGCGCGUGCUGCUGCGUGUGGGCGGGCGCGGGCCGCGGCGCGCGCCUGCCGCUGGGCGCGCGCGUGCGCGUGCUGCUGCUGGGCGCGCUGUCGUCGCUGCUGCUGCACGCGGCGCUGCUGGCGCUGCACGUGUCGCGCCUGCACCGCCUGCUGCCGCUGGCCUGGGACUCGGUGGGCGCCGCCACGAGCGCGUGGAGCGCGGGGUCGCUGGCGCUGGGCGGCGCGCUCACGCUGCACGCCGUGCUGGCGGCGCCCGAGUACCGCUGGGCGCCGGCGCCGCUGGCGCGCCUGCUGCUGGCGGCCGCGGCGCUGGCGCUGAGCGGGGCGCUGGUGGCGCUGGCGCUGGCGCUGGGCGGCGCGCGCGGCUGGCUGCGGCGGCGCGCGGCGGGGGCGCCGGGCGCCACGUACCGCGCGGUGCCGGCGGCGCCGGGCGCGGCGGUGGCGUCGACGUCGCGCGACGACCCCUUAUAGUGAAGGCCGCCCGCCACCGACUUCUAGGCGGCCCGUUUUAUAGUUUUGUACGCCGGCCGCUCCUGUCGGGCCGGCCUCGUCUCUUUAUGAUUUCUGCAAGUCUGAUUUUUAUUCUAGUCAGCUCUAGAUUUAGCGAUGGAUCAUUUGUAUAUUUAACGAGCGACGACGGUUCCUCGAUUAGUUUUUGCACAAAUACUUAGUGAGUCUAGUCGUGUUUUGUACCGAUGUCUGGUUCCUGAAGUUCGCGUCGGUUAUUUAUUAUUAUCAUUUACUCUUCGUCCACUGCAUAUUGUUUAUUGAAAUUUUGUAUGUAUAAGCCAUUUAUUCAAAUAUAAAAUCAUAUAAUAAAGUGUACACGGAAUAUAUUCGAAGGGUUAAUUGUAAGCGAAGUAUUUAUUAUUGCGUUACUAGUCAUAAUAUAAUUGUUGUCAAUACGACGCGUACGUCGUAUCUUUAUUUCCUCGUAAGCUUGUAAUGGAUCAGAUGGUUUGCAUGAUAAUAUUAUAAUACUGUUCGUAUCUAGUAAGCGUACAUUAUAGUUAGUGUUAAGAGAAGUUGGACAUGUAAUACGAGUUAUGAAUAGAAGAGUUUUAUACUGUCCGAUGUGUGGUCUCCCGCGAGCUUACUUCCCCCGCAGCGUGGCCACGUGGCCCGAGCGCACCUCUGUUACGGUUUUCGAUUAAUAUUCCUUUGUAUGUCUUAUACAUAUCACAUGUAAGUAUUGUUUGUCCCGUUGUGGGUGGCGACGCGCCCGCUUGGUGCGCCAGCCACUCGGAACUCACUCGGCCGUUUGUUUAACGAGAACAUGUGACAGGUGACCUCGAUCUAAUUAUGUACGACUCAUUUUUACUUUAAAGAUUUUAAUGAUAAUAAUUAUAUGGUUUUAUACAAA